UUGGGUUGUGGAUUCUCCGGUGGAUACGGAUGCUCGCCUUACAAGAACGACUAUGACGUGUGAACACAGCGGACAUUUUUGGAAAUAAUCGCAAAAUAAGAAGAUAUUUCGAUAUUUCUUGAGAAAUAGCUAGUGUGUAUCCUUCAUACUGGAUGAAAUAUGGGCAGCCGCAGUCAUUCUCGCUCCCCUGGGAGUGAUCGACGAGACAGAUACAGGAGGAGUCAUGAUAGGGAGCGAAGUAAUAGACGUGAAAGGGAAAAGGACAGAGAUAGAUAUCAAAAGUAUAACAGAAGGAGUGGAAGUCGUGAGCGAAGUCAGAGCAGGGACAGAUCACUUAGAGAAAAAUACAGAAGUUGGAACAGAGGUCGCCGUCGUUGGACUUCAUAUCCGUCAAAAAAUGAAAGGUAUCAUCGUAAGAGAGAACAAAUGAGAGGUGAUAGACGAAGAUAUGGAAGGGAUUAUUCUAGCUCUGAUGAUGAACAGCAAACAUGGGAUAGGUACAGAGGCAGAGAUGAACGAUAUAGACGCAGAGGUAGAAUCUGGGACAGAUACGGAGCUAGAAAUAGGAUGGAGGUUUUUAGUAAUCGAAAUGUGCGGUCAGAAAGGCAUCAUAAAGAAUAUACUCCUGAAAGAUCCAGGAGAUCACGCUCCACAGAUCGCAGAGGUCGAAAAAGUGAAAGAAAAUCACGAAAAAGUUCAUCUACUAGUGACUCAAGUAGUGAAAGUUCGUCUGAUGGAGACACAAAGAAGAAGAAGGAAUCUGAAGACAGUGAUGUUUCAUCAGAUGACGAUCCUAAAAUCAAGAAAGAAUCAGAGAGCACUACUGAUUCUUCUGAUGAAGAUACAGAUGUUGCUAAGAAGUAUGAUUCUAGUGAUCAUGAAUAUAGAAAGAAAAAGCAUGCUAAACCAAGUAAACCUAAAGAACUGAAAACUGAAAAAGUUAAAGAUGAAAAGGCUGUUGAAAAGAAAUCACAAAAAUAUGAAAGUUCAGACUCUGAUUCAGAAACUGGUGAGAAAGGAAAAAUAUCUCAAAAAGCAUUAAAGAGAAAAGUGGACACGACUUCUGAUCAUAGUUCUGAAGAUUCCGAUUAUAAAAAGAGCUCAUCCAAAAAGAAAAUAAGUAAUAGGAGCUCUAGCAGUGAUUCUGAAGACUCGGAACUUGAAAUGUCCAAAAAGAAAAUGGAUAGGCAAACUACCUCAGAACUUGGGAAAGAGAUAUGUCAAAAGCAGUUAGAAAGUAAAAAUAUUGAUAUUAUAGAUACUAAAUAUGGUAAAACAAAGCCUGAAAAAUCCUUUAGUAAGAUUUCUGAUAAGAUGAGAGAGAUUGAAAAUAAAUGUUCUAACAAAAAUGUAGCACUAAAUUUAAAUAUGAACAUUGAAAACUUACGUCCUGAAAAGGCAAAAGAAAAUUCAAAACCAAAAACAUCAGGGUUUGAAAAGGCAACAGAAAGUUCAGAAACUAACAUUGAAAAACUUGGUACUGAAAGUUCAACACAAAAUUUAUAUGAGAGCAGUGAAAAGUUAGGUCUUGAAAAGACAACAGAAAAAGGUUCUGAAAAAGCAAAACUAAAAGAUCCCGAAAAGGCAGCAAAUUAUUCUGAAAAGACAACAGAAGGUCCUGAAAAGGCAGCAAUGAAAGAUUCUGAAAAGGCAACAAUAAAAGAUCCUGAAAAGGUAACAAUAAAAGAUCCUGAAAAGGUAACAAUAAAAGGUCCUGAAAAGGUAACUGAAAAAAGUUCCAAAAAUGUAGCAGAAAAAAGCUAUGAAAGGGCAACAGAAAAAGGUUCUGAAAAAGUAGUAAAAGGUCCUGAAGUGGCAACAGAGAAAGAUUAUGAAAAAUCAGUGAAAAGUCCAGAAAUGGCAACAGAAAAAGGUCAUGACAAGGCAACAGAUCAGGGUCUUGAAAAGGCAUCAAUAAAGGAUCCUGAAAAGGCAACAGAAAAAGGUCCUGAAAAGGUAACAGAGAAAGGUCUUGAAAACACAAUAAAAGCUCCUGAAAAGGCAACAGAAGAAAGUCUUGAAAAGACAAUAAAAGGUCCUGAAAAGGCAACAAUAAAAGGUCCUGAAAAGGCAAUAAUUAAAGGUCCUGAAAAGGCAGCAUUAAAAGGUCCUGAAAAGGCAAUGUUGAAAGUUGCUGAAAAGGCAGUAUUAAAAGGGCCUGAAAAGGCAAUAUUUAAAGGCCCUGAAAAGGCAAUAAAAGAUCCUGAAAAGUCUACAGAAAAGUGCCCUGAGAAGGCAAUGAAAGAUCCUGAAAAAAUCACAGAAAAAUGUGAUGAAAAGGCAACAAAAGGUCUUGUGAAGGCAAUGAAAGAUUCUGAUAAAUCUACAGAAAAUUAUCCUGGAGAGACAAAGGUUCCUGAAGAGGCAACACUUAAAGGUUUUGAAAGUACAAAAGAAAAAUAUCCUGAAAGUAAAGCACAAAAGGGUCCUGAAAAUGCAUCAGAAAAUAGUUUUGAAAUGUCAACAAUACAAGGUCCUGAAAAGGCAAAAGAAAUAGGUUCUGAAAUCCCAGCAGAAAAAGAUCCUGAAAUGACGAUAGUAAAGGUCCCUGAAAAGGCAAUGGUGAAAGGUCCUGAAAAAGCAGCAGUGAAAGCUCUAGAAAAUGCAGAAGAAAAAGUUUGUGAAAAGACAAUAGCAAAUUUAGAAGUUAACAUUGAAAAGUUAGGUCCUGAAAAGGCAAAAGAAAAUAAUUCAGAAACCAAUAGUAAAUGCUUAGGUCCUGAAAAGGUAGCAGAAAAGUUGACUGAGGAAAAUGUUGAUGAAAGCUCGUGUAACAAUUCUAGUAGUAAAAUUUCAGGAAAAAGAACAAAAAGCUCAAAUGAUGAUCUUGAAUCACUAAAACUUCAAAAUGUGCCUCGUGGAUUAGCAGAGGAGAAAUCCGAUGAGAGUUCUGCUGCUAAUGUUGAAAAUUUUGAAUCGGCAGAUGUAACUCAAGCACCUAUCAAAAAUAAAAUUGAAAAGUUAGAACUGGUACAAGAUAAUGCCGAAGAGACACCAAAUGAAAAUGAGAGAGAGAGUGGGGAAGCAUCUGAUAGCAGUGAUUCUGAGUUGGAAAGAAAUGUCAGGAGAAAUUCACCUGAUGAUAAUGGAACUGGCAAUAAGGAAUUGAAUAAUAAGGGCCUGAAGACUGUUGAUACACCAAUGAAAAUUUUAAAGACAAAGGAAUUUGAAGAAGGAUUUCAUCUUAAAAACAAAUCAGAGGGAGACAAAUCAAGCACAGAAAUUAAAAUGAAUUUAAAAGACGAUACACUUUUAGAACAUGGAAGUUAUGAGGCAUAUAAAAAAACUGAUAAAAAUUCAGAAAGGGAGAUCAUAGAAAAAUCUGGUUGUGGACAAGAUGACUUAAAAUCCAGGGAACAAAUCAUUAUAAAUGUUGAGAGGAAAGAUGAUAAUGUUACAGAGAAAAAAGAAAUGUCAGUAAGGGAAAGAUAUGCAACCAAAACUUUGGUAGAGCAGAAGAUGGGAUCAGGAACUGAAAGCGAGUAUUCAGGAAUUGUAAAAAAAUAUGGCAAAAAAGAAAGCGGCAAAUCAGAUAGUGACAAGCAUGGAAGUGGUGGGAAAGGUAAAUCAAGAAUGAUAAAAAGGAGUUCUGAUCCAGAUGAUCACAGGAAAAAAAGGAAACAUAAGAAGCAUAAAAGCAAAAAAUCAUCCAGUAGUAGUAGUGAAAGCGAGGAAAACGUGAAGGAAGACGAUAGAUCAGGAAUAUAUGACAGUGAUGAAACAACUGAACAGGAGUUGCUAAGAAAGAAGAGGCAGUUAGAAGAACAGUUGGAGAUAGAAGAGGAAAUUCGCCAGAGGAAUGAAACUUUAGAAAAGGAAAGAGAGGCUGCUCGUAGCAAGAAGCUAAAGACUUCAGAUGGCAGCUCCAAAAGUGCAAGCCCAUCACAUUCCAAAAAGAACAGUAGUAAGGAAAAAGAGUCUCGCUCUCGAUCACGUUCUCAUUCAAGCAGUAGGCAUGAUUCAAAGAUGGAGGACAGAAAGAGUAAAAAGUGCAGUGAUGAUAAAGCUACCAAAGAUAAUAAAUCUUCAAGGGAUGAUAAAACUUGCAAGGAUGAUAAAGCUUCCGGUGAUAUAACUUCCAGAGAUGAAAGAGCUGCCAGGGAUAAUAAAAGAUCUAAGUAUCAUAGCUCGGAGGAUGAGGAUUCUACUAGACAGCAAGAAUCGGAAGAACCGCAGAUAGGUGGACGAUACUGGGGGGAGGACCACAAUAAAGAUAGUGUACGGCAACCAAAAUCUAAACAACUCAAAACAAGUGAUACAUAUUGGAAUAAAUAUGCUGAUAAACUAGGUAUUCAGAUUGAAGACCCAAGAGGUAGAGGGCAAGGCUCAGAAAGAGGAAGAAAAAGAGAGAGGAAUGAUGACAGAAGAGAGAGUGAACAUCAUUAUAAGAAGAGUAGUGAUGAAGAAGACGUCAGACAUGCUAAGAAACGGAAAGAUGAAACAAAUGGUAAAGAAGACAAAAAGAAUGAAAAUAAAGAAUCUGAGCCACCACCUAAGGAAUUAAUAAAAAAACCAGUAAUGGAUCCAUUAACAACCAAAACUGGUGGUGCCUAUAUACCUCCAGCAAAACUGAAAAUGAUGCAAGCACAGAUAACAGAUAAGACAAGUGCUGUAUUCCAGAGAUUAGCAUGGGAAGCACUAAAAAAAUCUAUCAAUGGUCUUGUCAAUAAAGUUAAUGUUUCAAACAUUGGCAUCAUUGUUCGAGAGUUACUCCAGGAAAACGUUGUCCGAGGAAGGGGUGUAUUAUGCAGAGCUCUGAUGCAGGCCCAGUCAUUUUCUCCAACAUUUACUCAUGUUUAUGCAGCUAUGGUUGCUAUUAUCAACACUAAGUUUCCACAGAUUGGGGAGUUGUUAUUAAAACGUUUAGUUAUUCAGCUCCGACGAGGAGUUAAAAGAAAUGACAAAAAUGUGUGCAUGUCAUCUUGUCGUUUUAUUGCACAUCUUAUAAACCAGCAAGUUGCUCAUGAAGUUGUAGCUUUGGAGAUUUUAACAUUCUUACUUGAGAGAGCUAAAGAUGCAACAGAUGAAUCAGAAGUUGCAGAGAAAUCGAGAAAUGAUUCUUGUGAAUUAGCUAUUACUUUUCUUACAGAAUGUGGUAUGAAACUAAAUGAAGUAAGUCCCAGAGGAAUGAAGAUUAUAUUUGAAACAUUGAGGCAUAUAUUACAUGAAGGUAAAUUAGAACAACGUGUUGCAUAUAUGCUUGAAGUAAUAUUCGCAAUAGUUAAGGAUGGGUUCAAAGAUCAUCCAUCUGUCAUAGAAGAACUGGAUCUUGUUGAAGAAGAUGAACAGUUUACACACAUUGUCGAGUUAGAUGGAAAAUUGGAUGGUCAAGACAUUCUCAAUGUCUUUAAACAUGACCCAGAAUAUGAAGAAAACGAGGAAAAGUACAAAGAAAUUCGUGCUGGUAUCCUUGGUGAUGAUAGUGAUGAAAGUGGUUCAGGAGGUGGUUCAGAGAGUGGUUCUGAUAGUGAUGAUGAAGAGACUGAUGAUGAAACUGAAAAACAAGAAGCACAAACCAUUAUUGACCAGACAGAGACAAACAUGGUGGCCUUCCGUCGUACAGUGUAUCUGACUAUACAGUCAUCAUUGGAUGUAGAUGAAUGUGCUCACAAACUUCUAAAGGGAGAAAUCAAGCCAGGUUGGGAGACGGAACUAUGUAACAUGAUCUUAGAUUGCUGUGCACAACAGCGCACAUAUAUAAAGUUUUAUGGGCUUUUGGCUCAACGCUUCUGUAUGAUCAAUAAAGUUUAUCAGGAACCUUUCCAGCAAAUCUUCAUGGAUGCUUAUGACACAUGUCAUCGUCUUGAGACAGAAAAACUUCGCAAUGUAGCUCGGCUCUUUGCUCAUUUGCUGUUUUCAGAUGCAAUUUCUUGGGAAGUUUUGAGCCACAUUCGCUUAAAUGAGGAUGAAACAACCAGUUCUUCACGAGUCUUCAUUAAAAUUCUUUUCCAGGAGCUUGCAGAGUUCAUGAGUUUAGCAAAACUUAAUGAGAGGCUACGGGAUCCAACACUCGCUCCUGCUUUUGAGGGUUUGUUACCUCGAGACAACCCACGUAACACUCGAUUUGCGAUAAACUUUUUUACAUCAUGUGGUUUAGGUGGCCUCACAGAUGGACUACGAGAAUUUCUUCGUACUCAGCCAAAACCAACAGCUGUAGUGGCACCCGUGCAGCAGCAAUUAAAUAAAAAUGAUAGUAACAAGAGUGAUAGUGACAGCAGCAGUGACAGUAGCAGUGAAAGUGAUAGCAGCACAACCACCACCACCACUACCACCACCACUAGUAGUAGCAGUAGCAGCAGCAGUUCAGACAGUUCUUCAGACAGCAGUAGUGAUAGCUCAGAUUCAUCAUCAAGUGACUCUGAAGACACUUCAGAGGAUGACAGAAGAAAAAAGAAGAAAUUAAAAAAGAAAGAGGCUAAGAAAAAAGGUUUAUUAAAUAAAAGUAAAUCAAAAUCUAACAAGAAGGGUGAAAGAUCUGGAGAUAAUAAAGCCUCUACUAAGAAAAAGAGUGAGAGUGAAAGUGAAGAGGAGGAAAGCUUUGUGAGGUAUAGAGAGGAAGAUUUAGAUGAUAUAAAAGAGAGAGACAGAGGGGAGAGAUGGAGGAAUAUUGAGGAUUGGAGUAGGAGAGAUGGUAGUAGUGAAAGUGGAGAUAGACCUAAAGAAGAAAGACAUGAAAGGGAGGAGAGAAAAAGAAAUCAUGCUUCUUUAAGAGAAAUAAAGGAAGGUGAAAAUUCAGAAAAAAGAGAAAGACAAAGGGAUGAUUAUGAAGGAGACAGAAGAGGAACACACAAUGAACAUGCAAGAUCAGAGAGCAGGAAAAGAGUUGAUGAUGAAGAUGCAGGAUAUCAAAGAAAAAGAGAAAAGAAGGAUGAAAAGAAGAGACAUGGUAGUGAAGAUGAAAGUGAUCAAGAACAUAGGACAGAUGACAGUGUAGACAGAGGAGACAGGAGAAAGAAAAGAAAUGAAAGCCAAGAAAGAGAUUCAAAGCGAAAGAGGAAUGAUUUUGAAGACAGAGUAAAGGCUGAUGAUAAAGGAACAGAGCGUUGGAAGCAACGAGGGGAACAUAGGAGACAAAGUGAAGGUAGAGAUCAUAAAGAGAGGAAAGGACAAAGAGAAGAAAUAAGGGAGAGAGAGAGCCAUCAUCCACAUGAUGGAGACUGGAGAAGAGAUAAAAAAAUGCAAAACCAAAGAUCCGAAAGUGGCAGUGAUGAACGAAGAGGAUGGGAGAAAAACAGAUACCAUUAAGCCUGAAAUUUAAAAUAUAAAUUAAUACCAAGUGACUCAGUUCUCACUGAAAGUGUAUGGAUGAUGUUCUCUUUAUAUGCAGUAACAAAAUACUGACACGUAUGCUGUAAAUAUCAAGAUUUGUAAGUUACCUCUCCGGGAAUUAUUCCACGUCUUUAAUAAAUUGAUAAAAUAAAACAUACCUACACACCAUGGCUGUUGCUCAUAUCAGUGGCUGUCUUCCUCACAGUACAGUAAUAAGUGUAAUAAUCAUAACCCUGUUCUGUGUUUCUUUACAUUUUGUAUGACUUCCUGAGGCACAGCUGGCUGGCUCAUGCAGAACAUCCUCCACACACUGUAAUAUAUGCACAUUCCUAUAGAGCUCUCCAUCAAAACAAUUUCUUUGUCAUUUCACUCUUGUCUCUGUUUUAAUUAGUUUUCCUCAUAUUUCAUUUAUACUGCAUCACUUACAGGCCCUUUUAUAGUACUGUAAUUUUUAGCAAUUCUUUCCAUUCAGAAUGCCAAUACUGUACCUUACCUCAUAAGCAGUCAUUCUUAUCUAUGAUUUAUUUUAUACAUUUUAUACUGUAUAUUAUUCCUCGUGUGGACUUUCCUUACUCGAAGCAGUGGCCAGUUGUAGAGUCUUGCCAAGAAAUUUCAUUGUGUGUGUUAAAAGGAAUCAUCAAGCGAUGGAAGCUUGCCAAACAAUUCUACAUGCUAGUUUGGCCGCCAUAUAAGUGAGAUGCCGUGACUUUCACUUAAAAAGGGAAACAGUAAAAGAAUGAGGAUUGCUUUCAGAAAGCACAUGGUAAUGAGACAGAAGAAGUUGAGAAAUUUUGAGAGGGAAUGACUUAGGAUAUGAAAGACAAAGAAUGGAAAAAUAUUGUUGAAUGGUAAUAUAGAGGUGAAAAAAUGUAGCAGGCCAUCAAGUGGCACUGGAGAAUAUAGGUAGUUAGGAAAAGAUACUUUAGUGUGGGAAAUGGUAGUUAUUGAUAUUCUCCACAGUGUGUUCCUGCAGAUGACAAAGAUCACCCAGUCUAUAAGCUACAUAUGAUUUUCUUGUUACUUAUUCACCUUCCCAACUCUGUCUCCAUUUUUGUUUUAGAAGCACACAUUUCAAAUUUGUUGUCAUAGUGUAAGUUGCAAAUAUUAUUUUAAGCCUUACCAUACCUAAUGUUUUACAUUUUUUAUGGACACUGUUAAGUAUACUGUACUUGAACCUGUUUCUCAAGCUGUAAUAAGGAUAAACUAAAAAUAACAGUAUGUUUACCAUAAUGUAGGUUCAGCGGUGUUGUCCCGGCCCGGAUCUACUUGAUUUUUUUAAAAUCUUUUCAGUGUGUAAAAUUGUUUUCAGUAAUAAAUUAUGUGACCAAAUGCAACACAUUUUCAUUUGUUUAAACUGUAUUUUGAUGCAGCCAGUAAAUGUAGUAUAUACUGAGCUUGUAACAGGCAUACAGGAAUUUCAUUGUUAAUGUAUUGUGGGAUUAAAAUAUGUGGGCCCAAAACACAAACACAAUAAAAAUAACUGAAUAGAUUGAGCAAGUGGAGUGAUUAUUGAUGGAAUUUAAUGUAGAUAAGUGCUGUGUAAUGAAAAGGGAGAAAGUGAAAAUGGGCCACUUAAAAUAUACAGACUGCAUUAUAACAUAUUCAAGGGAUUAGACAGAGGUAGACACCUAGAAGUCAUUACUGACAAAAAGUUUUUGCCAUGAGAUCAUUUUAAUGAAAUUAAUGCAACACAGGCCAACUUUAAACCAAGUUUCAGACAUAUGGAUGGGGAAAUGCUAAAGAAGCUGUUUACAGUUGAUGUUGGAUAGAACAUAAAAUAUGCAGUAGUGGUAUGGUAGUAACUUAAAAACACAUUUUGACAGGCUACUUAAAAUUCAAAAUACAGGCUCUAAAAUGGCUCCCAGAGCUAAAAAAAAAAAAAAAUAGAAUUACAAAGGCUGAAAACCAUCAGACAUCCCUUCAUUAUAUGAUAGGAGGAAAAAAAGCAGACAUGAUAACUAGAAAGGUACAAAAGAGUUGAUAAAGAUUUCAUGAUACCAUAAAAAUUUCUUCACAAACAGUUUUAGAACAGUGGAAUGGAUUUCAAGAGGUAAUAAAAAAAAUGUUGCAUGAUAAAUUAAAUAAAUUAAAUACUGAAUAUGGAACAUUAUGAGCUUAGCUCUGCUCCUGUAGAUACAAAUAGAUAUUACAAAUAGAUAAUAACUUUCACUCUGUAGACAGAACAUCACCAGUAUUGCUCUGCUUCUGUAAAUACAAAUACAUUAGAUAAUUAUGCCUAGGUAAUCUCUCAUGCAUGUGCUUACACAGUAUACACACAUAUGCACAUAUAUAAAUAUUUGUGUUCUCUUAUUUUCUGGCUGUGCUAGGUAGGAGUGAUUUUUAUUUAUUUAUCUGAUUUGUUAUAACUGAUCAUAGGAGCACACAGGAAUGGGUUUGUGGGUUCUGUAGAACCCUUGAGAUCCUAGAAAAAUUAAUUUCAGUCCAGUAGUUGAGUAAUGUUAGUUUUUUUCAUUUUCUUAUGUACAAAAUUCUUUGUAGCUUUAUAACAAAUACAUUUAUUCUUGAGAGGCAAUGAUAUGAAUAUUUUUAUUCUAGUUUUGGUUGACUUUUAUUUGGAUAUUUGUUUUUCCUGAAAUAUUGUUAAUAACUUGUAUCAUUAUCAAAAUAUAACUGCCAGAUAUGAACUGGUGAUGGUUUUUAGUUGCACAUCUACUGUAUCAGUAAUUUAUGUAUAUCUUAAAUGCGAUAAAGCUAACAUCCUUUUUGAUGUCUUGCUUUGCUCCUCCCAAGCAAGAUUGCUAAGUUUAGCCUGGGAAUCAAAAUAGAAGAGUAGAUGGUUUGAUGCACUCUUGCAAAUAAUGCCCAACUGAUUCUGCCUGGAUGAUUUUAUGAAGUAAAUCCUUAUAGGUUGUAAAUGCAAAACAUUGCCCUUCUAUCGUGGAGCCCCUUAUAUCUACCGUAUACAGUUAUACAGUAUUAGAUUGAUUGUUUAAAUGCAUAGGUGAAUAUGCCAUAAAAUGUUUUGCCUUUUUAUUUCAUUGUGUGUAUUGUAUUUGUAUAUUUAUGUAAAUAUUUAUCCUUCACCCAUAAGGGGAGAAGGGAGAUUUGUAUUUGUUUAUUGUAGGAACAUAUGUGUAUCCUAUUUGAACCAGGGAUUAAAAAAUGAAAUAAUAAUGUUUUGAUACUACCUAAUUUAUUUCAGGGUUAGUCCAUAAAUUUUAUAAAAACACCUCUUAGGAGUUGGCAGGAUGAAGAGAAAUGUUUACUGCCAAGGGAAAAUGUAGAGAUGUUACUCGAUGUUGCAACUAAAUCAGAGGUUGGCGAACUUUUUUGGGUAUUACCCCAAAAAUUUGUGUACAGCAAAAUUACCCACUAGCUUAAAAAUCAUUUGUUUGAAAAAAUAUAACUUUCAUAAUUUGCCUCACUUAUUAAAUAAUAUAUUUUUGUGCAAUUUUAUUUAUAUGUUUAUUGAUCCUUCAUCACUAUAACUAAUAAUUUGUCUCGUUCAUUCAAUAAUAAAUUUUUGUGCAGUUUUA